AUGACUGCGACUACCGUCAUGCGAGACGUUUGGCUCGCCUUCACCUUUGUCGCCAUGGUGCAGGGUGUGAUGGUGCACGAGUACGGCACGCCAGCCAAAUCUGGGCUUUCGAGACUCAAAAAAUUGCAAACGACUGCCGCGAAGCUUCACGUACUUGAGCCUAGAAUUACGAUCAAAAAGAGCACAAGAUCAAUAUUAGAGCGAUUGGAAAACGGCGCGAAACUCAAAAAAUCGAAACGUCGACGAAUGCACGGUGUGAGGAAUUUUGCGAACUUCGACAAAAAGCCGAAAUUCGAUUUUCGAUUUCACACCAAACAGCAAGUUGACGAGUCGCCGAAAACGAAAGAAAUGGAGAGGUUUGAGAACGAGCUCGCCGAGCAAAUCGAAAAAGACCAACUGAAAUUUGUCGAGGACGAGAAGAAUCCGCUCAAAUAUGUUGUGGAUCAUGGAUUACUGUACAAGCAGUCGAGAUUUGCGCCGAUAGCGAGGCUUUAA